UGGAUUCCACUGGUCUUACUUCAGUUCCUUUUGCAGGAAGAGCUCAGAAUCACAACAAGGAAACUAAUCCCAAAGAUGAGCCUCGCAUGUCAAAUCUUCCUUCUGAUUUUCGUCUUUCCCAUCCAAGGUGCAGCUCCUGCAAAUGAUGAUAUCGUCUGGGGUACCCUGGGUCAGGACAUCAACCUGGACAUUCUUGAUUCUCAAAUGAUUAAUAUAGAUGAUAUACACUGGGAAAAAGGCAAAAAGAAGGUGGCGAGGUUCCAAAUUAGCAACAAGCCUAAGAAUCCAGAUGAAAAAUAUAAUGUGUCAAUGAAUGGAACUCUGAAAAUUAAACAUCUGAUGCUAGAAGACUGCGAUACCUACAAGGUAGUUAUAUACGAUAAGGAUGGAAAGAAUGUGUUGGAAAAAACAUUUCAGCUGAAGAUUCAAGAGAAGGUCUCAACGCCUAACAUCGACUGGAAUUGUAUCAACAAAACCCUGGUCUGUAAGAUAUCAAAUGGAACAGACCCUGAAUUAAAACUGUACGUAAAUGGGACCAGUAUCAAGCCCGUUUCUUCGAAGUUCAGCACAUACAGGUUUAUAAACAAGCAGAAGAUAUUAGUCAACUGCACGGCAGAAAACAAAGUCAGCAAGGAAAGCGACGUGAAGAUGAUCACUUGUUCAGAGAAGGGUCUGGACCUGUAUUUCAUUAUUGGUGUUUGUGGAGGAAGCACCAUCUUCGUCAUCUUCAUGGUGCUACUCAUUUUCUACAUCAACAAGAGGAAAAAACAGAACAGUAGGAGGAAUGAUGAAGAGCUGGAGAUAAAAGCAUGCAGAGUAACCACCAAGAAAAGGGGCCCGAAGCCCUGCCAGGUGCCAGGCUCGACUCCUCAAAGUCCCGCUGCGUCCCAGGCUCCUCCACCGCCCAGUCAUCGGCCCCAGGCCCCGGGUCAUCGGCCACCGCCUCCUGGCCACCGGGCCCAGCACAACCAGCAGAGGAAGGCCCCCCCUCCACCAGCCACACAAGUUUAUCAGCAGAAAGGCCCUCCCCUCCCCAGACCUCGAGUUCAACCCAAAGCUCCCCGUGGGGCCACAGGAAACUCAUAACUCUGUCUCCUGACCUGGGUGUCCCCUUCCUCUAAUUAAAAGCGAUAGAAAUCGUCCUUUCCCAUAAAGGCACCGUGGAAUUUCUCCGCUGGGAGGGGGAGCACCUACACUUCCAUCAGGCGUGUUCUGCGGUAGGAUGACCACCCCUGGGCUCGCGGGCCAUGCCGUGUCGGCAUCUCCUAGCUCACCUGGAGCCGCUGCUCCUUGUCACGCCCAGAAGGGCUGGCAAUACAAGUGCCACCAUCAGGAGGAUGGGCCACCGACCACCAAGUCCUCGCCUCCCCUUCAGAUCCCGUGCAGACGUGAGGCGUCCUGCGGCACCGGGACCUCGCUGCAAGCCAUCUGCCUGCCCCAGGCGCCCUUGGGUUUCUUAUGUAUCUGGUGGACGCUUGCCCACCAUCUUGGACCUAGAAGGGAAAUAAAAGCUUUCAUUUGA